AUGGACAAAGCAAAGGCAGCCAUCACCGAGUUCAUGGGCAGGUCCGGCCACCACGACACCACCGUCCACGAGGCAGUUGCUCCCGCUGUACACCACGAGGUUGUCAAGCCCCAUGUACACGAGGAGAUCAACACUGCCAUUGACAAGGAGGUCCACCAAGAUCACUACCACCGCACUGUUCAGCCCAUCCACGACCGCGAGGUCCUCCCCGAGACACACACUGCCAAGCUCGGAGCAGUCCAGCACCGCGAGUUCGACCACCGUGACACCGAUGCCACCAAGAGGACCCUCAUUCAAGACCAGGCUCGUUUUGCCGACGAGAGGCGUGUCGAGGAGACCACCCACAGCCAGAGCGUCGCUCCCACCGUUGGCGGAGAGCACGUCCACCACCACAUCCACGAGACUAUCCAGCCAGUAGUCCAGAAGGAGACCAUCCAACCCAGCGUUGUCCACACCACUGUUCCUAUUCACGAGGUACACCACAACAAGGCCACUCACCAUGAGACCACUGCUCUGCCCGCCAUGACUAUGGAGCAAUUCAAGGCCAAGGGUGGAUCCCUGACUGGCCGUGAGGAGCGCUACGACGAGUUCGAGGGUGUCCCCAAGAACAUUGGUGGCGUCAGCGCUCUCGCUGGUGCUGAGGGCCUUCACCACAAGACCACUCACGACCACUCUUCCGCCCGUCACGGUGAUCUUCACACCAAGAACCCCUUGGACCGCAACAACGAUGGCAGGGUUGAUGCUCACGACCUGACCAAGAGCGGCUCUCACAGCUCGCACAACAGCAGCACCGUCGGCACUGGUGCCUACGGAACCACCCAUGGAACCACCCACAACCCCAUGGACCGUAACAACGACGGCAGGGUCGAUGCUCAUGAUCUAUCGGGCAACCGCUCUCACGACUUGGAUGACACUUCCCGCAGCAAGCAUGUGGGCGCUACAGGUACGCUAGAUUCCGCUGGAAUGGCGCAUGGUGUGAGCGACAGAGGACAUUUGGCGCAUCGUGCCAACGAGGACGGUGGGUUGCCUAGAGCGCUCACCGAAGAUGUGUCCAAAGCUCGUCCUCACACCCAAGCCGAAGAGGAACAAGUAAGACUUUUGCAAGAAUCCAGAGGCCAACACUUCGCAGGUAAACACAAGCCCAGCCUGAUGGACAAGCUCAACCCUAAGGUUGAUGCAGACGGUGACGGAAAGGCUGGAUUCAUGAAAUAA